CCGGCCAAAGUCACUCUUUUUUUUUUAGUCGCGCAUCUUGUGUUCGGCUAAACAAAUCUUCUUGUUCCUCGUCCCCGGAUCAAGAGAGAAAUUACAGAUCCGUGGCUGCCUACUUGCUCCGAUCCGUCUCGCGCAGUCCGAUUCGGUUCCGCAGCUCCAUGGAUAUGGAGGUGGACGAGGAGGGACACGCCGCCGCCGCCGCGGGCGUGGAUUUCGUGGAGCGGCUGGGGCCCGACGCCUCAGCCGCCGUCUUCGCGGUGCUCCGCGACCCCGCCGACCUCGCCCGCGCCGCCGCCGUCUCCCGCUCGUGGCGCACCCUCGUCAUGGCGGUUCACUUGAGCAAGAUGCAGUGCCUGCGACUGUUUCCCGAGGUCUCCUGGUUCACCCGUGUUGAACAAUCAGCCACAUCUGCCAGUAGCAGCAACAAUGGCGUAAACGAAGAAGAUGCUGAAUCCACUGCUACUGCUUGGGAGAACCACAAGAGAGAGCAAAGGGUGUACAUGCGUCUCGCACAUGCUCUUCUGUCCCCUCACACCAGGAAGGGCUGCAUUGCCGCCUGCAUAGGCGCAUCCAGUACCGACAAUUUCCCCGAAGAGGGCAUCCAAAAUACCCUUGUGCCGGGGGAUCACAUGGACGAUAUGGAAUCUUACUGGUCCAGCGGUGGCCAAGAGGAUCCGGGGGCCCCGGAGUCUCUUGUGUACAAGCUUUGCUCGGAUCUUUGCAUCAUCGAUGAAAUCAGGAUACAGCCAUUCAGAGCGUAUCAACAGCCUGGCCACCCGAUAUAUUCAGCACGGUAUGUUCGUGUCAGGUUUGGCUGUCCAAAGUCGCCUCUACGACCUGAGGAUCUUGUAUCUGAAGAGAAUGAAGGGCAGUUGACUGCUGACGACAACUAUAUUUGGAUGUAUACAUCCUCAGAAUUCCCAAUGUUACAGAAGAAUGUUUUGCAAUCUUUCAAGCUUCCACGCCCAGCUUUAUGCAUUGGUGGAGUGGUGAAGGUUGAGUUUCUUGGGAGGAUUCAGAAACAGGUGUAUGAUGAUCUGUACUACAUAUGUGCAGCCCAUGUCCAAGUGUUGGGAGCUCCGCUGCCACGAGAAUUGGGGGCAGCUCCCUGCAAGGAUGGUAUAGUCCUCAAGUACUUUCCAGAGCAUGAACCAUCACGAGACAGCGGUUGCAGCCGACCCAAAUGGCAUGAGAUUGAAGCGAGAAUAUGGAGGGCACUUAAAGCUACUGGUCAAGGAAUUGGAUUCAACCAAGAGCUGCUGAGCAGGCUGCUAGGACCUUCCGUGUAAUUUGCGGUGGAUGAUUUUGUCCAUGGUGAAAACUGAUGGAGGUCGCUCGCCCCUUGCCUUCCAGCGUGUUCUGGGGCAUGUAGUGUGUUAUGCGCCAAGCAACCUUAUAGUCUUUUUGUCAUUCCAGACUAGUGGCUUCUCCCGAAUUUCUUCUCUUGUUUCCAUUUUCGCUGCUGGAUAAUAGCGUGUCUGUGGUAGGGGAUGAGAUGGUGCCAGUAGAGUGUAGAUUGGAAACGCACCCAUGAAUUGAAUUGAUAUAAUUGAAACUUGAGACCUGUGUUUUUGUUUGUUAGGAACUAUUGUGCAAUGCAGUACGUCCUUUCUUUC